AACGGAAACAGAUACGAAGUUUUCGCGCUUUCUCUCUCUUUUUCGAAUUUGCAGUCGCUCUAGGGUUCGGUCCAGACGUUGUAGAGUGCUACAAUGGUGAACGAAGAAGCUCGACACUCCGAUGUGAUUGAUCCUCUUGCUGCUUAUUCUGGAAUUAGUCUCUUUCCGAGCGCAUUUGGCACUUUGCCGGUUCCGUCGAAGCCACAUGAUAUUGGAACCGACCUUGACGGCAUCCACAAGCACCUCAAAUCCAUGGUCUCAAGAAAUCCCAGUAAACUUAUAGAGCAGGCUAGAUCGAUUUUGAACGGUAACUCUAAUUUGAUGCAAUCCAAAGCUGCCACAUUUCUUGUAAAGAAUGAGAAAAAGGAGGAAGCUGCAGCAAACGUGGAGGAAAAUCCACAAGAAAGAAGGCCAGCCUUAAACCGAAAACGGGCCAGAUUUUCUUUGAAGCCUGAUGCUAGGCAACCUUCUGUGAACUUGGAACCAACAUUUGACAUCAAACAAUUGAAAGACCCUGAGGAGUUCUUUUUGGCGUACGAAAGGCUUGAAAAUGCCAAAAAAGAAAUCCAAAAACAGACGGGAGCAAUUUUGAAGGACCUGAACCAACAAAAUCCAUCAACAAAUACACGCCAGCGUAGACCAGGGAUUCUUGGGAGAUCUGUUAGAUACAAGCAUCAAUAUUCAUCAAUAACAUCUGAAGAUGAUCAGAAUGUAGAACCCUCUCAAGUGACAUUUGAAUCAGGUAGUAUCAGUCCAUCGAUAUUGGGCACAGAAAAAGAUGCAAGUCCACCUAUAAUUUGCUCAGAAAUGAAAACUAAUGAAGAGGUACCCCUUGAGGAGGAGGAGGAGGCGUUUGUUGCUUCAAUAACCAAUGCAGAGAACAAAGUGAAUAAAAUUUUGGAUGAAUUACUCUCUGCUAAUUGUGAAGAUCUAGAAGGUGAUCGAGCCAUCAACAAAUUACAGGAGUGUUUGCAGAUUAAACCAAUUAAUUUAGAGAAAUUAUGCCUUCCUGAUUUAGAAGCCAUUCAAACAACGAAUCUGAGAUCUUCAAGGGGUAAUCUACCUGAGCGUAGUUUGAUCAGUGUGGACAGUCAGUUACAAAGGAUAGAAAAUUUGAAAUCUAAGCAGGAUGAUGAAAAUUCGGUUAAUCCUAUUUCUACACCAUUCUCAAUGAGAAGUCCGUUGGCUUCAUUAUCAGCCCUAACUAGAAGAAUUUCGCUUUCAAAUUCACCAGGUGAUCCAUUUUCAGCUCAUGACCUUGACCAAUCAUCAGCAAGAAAUCCUUCCCUUUUUGAACUCAGUAAUCACUUGUCUGAUGCAGUUGGUAUUGCAGAGAAGUUGGGUGUUUCUAGAUUGAUGUCACUUUUAACCAAGGAUGACGGGACUGUAGCUAAGGGAAUUAAGUCACCCAAAAUUCUUCUUGGGGAUGUUGAUUCCAUAUCUAAAAUAUCUUCAAGUAAUGUUUUAAAUGUACCCCAAGCUGGUGCCGAAGCUGCCUUAAGUGAAACUCGUGCCAACAUGGAAGCUAAGGAUAUAAGUGGCAGCAGCACAGAAGUGGAAGUGAAUGAGAAAUUGAGUUUUCUUGAAGCCCAAGCAGAUGCUGUGGCUGCAACUAAUGUUUUGGAUGAUGAGAUGGAAGAUCACGAAGGAUCCACUUCUGAGCAACCAAACACAUCCAAGGUGGAUGCGAUCAAAGAGUACCCGAUUGGCAUUCAGACUCAGCUGGAUCAAUCAAUUGCUACAUGUACUGAGAAUAUUGUCGAUAGGCCAUCAAGAAGCAGUGGAACAGAUAACCACGAUAAGGUCAAGCAAAAAUCUCGUGCAGGCAAUCAACGCGAAGGCAAAAGGGUGUCUGGGAGGAAAAGCCUUGCAGGGGCUGGUACAACGUGGCAAGGCGGGGUGAGACGAAGUACCAGGUUCAAAACCCGACCGUUGGAGUACUGGAAAGGUGAACGUCUGUUGUACGGACGAGUACAUGAGAGCCUGGCAACGGUAAUUGGGUUGAAGUAUGUGUCUCCUGCUAAAGGUAAUGGCCAACCAACUCUGAAGGUGAAGUCUUUGGUCUCCAGUGAGUACAACGAACUUGUUGAGUUAGCAGCUCUGCACUGAGGGUCGUGUACAAAAAGGAGCAAACAGCCUCGAAGCUUUUCGGAUUCGGUUUCUUGAAUAUAAAUAGCAUCUGUUACGCUCACGCCAUUGCCUUGUAAACUUCUGCGCCCUUUCUUCUAUAUCAUAUAUAUAUCUAUCAAGCUGUCUCGCUUGUGUCGCUCGUGUACACGUGUCAUGUGAUUUCAUAAUUUGAACCUUUCAUACCGAUGUGCAAAUUUGAACCUUUUGUGCCAAUGUAUUUGGAUUUGGAUAUUCAAGCGAAUCAGAAUGCUAGCAAUUUG